UCGGUGAUUCUCCGUACGUUACAAAUUAUUUCAAAUUUAAAUUUAACAUGGCGUCUUCUUCUCCCCUCUUUUCGAGGCAUAAUAAGCAAAGUGUUUUGAAACUAUAAUGUUAUUAAACAUUCUCAAUACUAAAAUAAUAGUGAAAUCCAUCUUCGCAUGAAUCGAGAUUGCGUGCACGAAGUAUGCUCAUCAUUUUUAUGGAAACAUGUUUUGUAAUGUUAACGAGGAAUAUACAAUACAUUGAUUAUUAAAAUGGUGGAAGAAAUGGAAACUUGUCAGAAUGCUCCCACGAAGAGGGUGGAGGAGAGGAACGAUGAGGACGAUGGAGGAAUGGACACGGACGAAGAAGGUGGAUUAAAAGUUGACAACGAUAUAUAUAUACCUCCGCCUCCCAAGUCUAUCAGUAAACUUGACGUUAACGGUCCUAGGCUUAUGAUUACAAAGAUCGUCAAUGUGAAUUUUAAAAGUUACUGCGGUACUCAAGUCAUCGGUCCGUUUCAUAAGUGUUUCUCUGCUAUUAUCGGUCCAAACGGUAGCGGUAAAAGUAACAUUAUAGAUUCUAUGCUAUUUGUAUUUGGAUACAGAGCCAGUAAGAUUCGAUCGAAAACAUUAUCGGUGUUGAUACACAAUUCCGAUAAGCAUCAGAAUAUAAAUAGUUGUACAGUGUCUGUACAUUUCCAACAAAUAAUCGAUAAACCUGGGGCGGACUACGAUGUCGUCCCAAACAGUGAAUUUAUUAUAUCACGCACGGCGUUUAAAGAUAACACAUCUUACUAUCAAUUUAACAAAAAGAAAACAUUGUUCAAAGAGAUUUCAAGGACUCUGAAAUCGUACGGCGUGGAUUUAACUCACAAUCGUUUUUUAAUUUUACAAGGGGAAGUCGAGCAAAUAGCAAUGAUGAAACCUAAGGCACAAAAUGAACACGACUUUGGGAUGCUCGAAUUUUUAGAAGAUAUAAUCGGAACAGUACGUUACAAAGAACCGUUGCAAAAAUUAUCAGAGAAAGUGGAGGAUUUAACGAACUACAGAGUCGAGAAAUUAAAUCGUUAUAGAAUCGUUGAGAAAGAAAAAACAGCUUUAGAGGAACCCAUGCAAGAAGCAGUACAAUAUUUACGAAUAGAGAACACAAUAACAAAAAUACAACAUCAGCUUUAUCAUUGUAACAGAUUCGAGACUAUGAAAGAAGUAUCGGAGUUCGAAAGUAAGAAGACCGAAAUGGAUAAAGAUUUAUCGGAUCUCGUAAAUAAAUUGAAGGAAGUUCAGAACGAGGAGAAGCAGAAGAACGAUAUAAUCGCAGAGAAAAAUAAAAAAUGGAACAGUUUGCAACACCAAAAGGAUGAAUUUUUAACAAAAUUUGAUCAAGUUCGAAAAGAGGACGAGUCCCUUCACGCGGAAUUAGUGGCAACGAACAAACGACGAAAAGCCAACAUCGCGACAUUGAAAACGGAAAAAGAUAAAAUAGAGGAAUUACGCCAAGUGCCUGGGAAAAACAUGCGCGAUAUCGAGGAGUGCGAGGAACAGCUUGAAAAGAACAUAAAAAAUCAAGGAAAACUAAAAGAGGAAUUAGAAACGUUGGUGGACGGAGUACGUGAAAAGAUCGAGCCGUUGUUGAAGGAACGUUCGAAAUUCGAGAAGGAAUUAAUGUCUUUGAGGAAAAACGUGGACGAAGCGCAGGCGGCUUUCAAUAUUGCUCAGUCUGAACUGCAAUUGUACACGUCUGUAGAAUUCAGGGAGAAAGAAACACUGGAGGCGUUCAAGAAUUCUUUGACCUCGACGGUGAACGAUCUGAAGGAGAAAAAGCAACAGCUGCAAAUAAUAGAAACAAAAAUCUCGAGUAAUAAGCAGGACUUGGCGAACGCUCAACGGGAAUUCGAAACGGUGAAAAGCAGAGAGAUCGAAAUGACUUCGAAAUUGAAGAAGAUGAGGAUUUCGUUCGAGGAACAACAAUCUGCUAUGAGAGCGAACAAAUCGAGAAACAAAAUUCUGAGUAGCUUGAUGAGGGAGAAAAGGGAAGGAAGAAUUACUGGUAUAUACGGGAGACUGGGGGACCUUGGUGCAAUAGACGGAAAAUACAACGUUGCAAUUUCCACAGCUUGUGGCCCCCUGGACAACAUCGUGGUCGACACCGUGGCGACUGCACAGGCGUGUAUAACUUUUCUACGACAGAACGACAUAGGGCGCGCAACGUUCAUACCGUUGGAGAAACAGCAGCAUUUGUUGUCACGAUCCGCACAGAAGAUAAAAACACCCGAGAAUGCACCGAGGCUUUUCGAUCUUGUACGCGUCGAGGACGAGAGAGUACUGCCUGCGUUCUAUUACGGAUUACACGACACUUUGGUGGCAAAUGAUUUGCAACAAGCGACGCGUAUCGCGUACGGUAACAAACGUUUCAGGGUGGUUACGUUGAAGGGUGAAUUGAUCGAAUUGUCAGGUACAAUGAGCGGCGGAGGAAGGUCCGUAAUGAGGGACAGAAUGGGACAGAAGGUAGUGGCGAACGAAUUGUCCGUCGUGGACAUCGAACGUUUGCAGACAGAUUUGGAUAAAACGUACCAAGAGUGCAAUCAACUUAGGGUUAAAUAUCAGUCCUUGGAAAGUCAGAUUUUUACGCUGAAUACGAAUUUAAAAGGUAUGGAAGCUGAAAGGGAGAAGUUGCAUAACCAAGUGAAGACGUCGCAGGAACAAGAGUCAUCGUUGCGAAUGCAGUUGAAGAUUCAAGAAAAGAAAGUCGCGAACUCGGUCUCCGACCCGAAGAAGGUUCAGGAAUUAACAGCGAGGAAGAACACGGCGGAGAAAUCGCUGGAGAAAGUAAAGGGAAGUUCCGAGUCCAUAGAGAAGAAUGUUGCACGUAUCAACGUGGAGAUAGAGGCAAUGUCGGGUAAUCGCGUGAAGGAUCAGCAGAAGAAGAUAUCGAAUAUGUCGAAAUCGAUCGACAAAAUUAAAGCAGAGAUUUGUAAGUUGCAAGUGGCGAUCAGAACGGCCGAGAGGAACGUGUCGAAGGUGGAGAAGAACAUAGAGAGGCUCGAGAAUGACGUGCACGAUGGCGAGCAAAGACUUCGUGACAUACAAAAGGAGAAGCAAAAGUACGAGGAGGAGGCGCAGGAGCUUCUGCGCGAAGUCAAUAAACUUUCGGAGGAUCUUUCGGAGAGGGACGAGACUUUGCCGGCUCUUAAAGAGGAGCUGAACGCUCUGCAGGACCGAGAGAAUAAAAUAAAAGCAAUUAAAAUCGAUGUCGACCAGAAAUUGGUGAAGUCUAAUUCCACGAUCAAGGGAUUGAAGCAACAGAUUCUCGAGUACACGAAGAAAAUAGCGCAGUUGAAGCUUCAGUCGAUACCCGACGAGGAUCCAGAAGAAUUGAAGGAAUUGACGGAAGAGGAGCUUCUCGAAUUGGAUAAGAAAGCUAUUGUAAUUAAUUUGGAAAAGGCGCAGAGGAAAUUGCCCUCGGAGAUCCCUAGUAUGCAGCUUAUCGCUGAGUACAGAGAGAAGAAUGCAUUGUGCUUGAAACGCGCCGCUGAUUUGGAGGAGAUAACGAACGAGCGUAACAGAAUAAGAGAUAUCUAUGAGACAGCGAGAUGUCGUAGAAUUCAAGAGUUCCUCGCAGGCUUUUCAGUGAUCACCGACAAGCUGAAGGAAAUGUAUCAAAUGAUUACGUUGGGAGGCGACGCAGAGCUGGAGCUGGUCGACUCGUUGGAUCCUUUCAGCGAGGGGAUCGCUUUCAGCGUGAGGCCGCCCAAGAAAUCUUGGAAAAAUAUCUGCAAUCUGAGCGGCGGCGAGAAAACAUUGAGCUCGUUGGCUCUUAUAUUCGCGUUGCACCAUUACAAACCGACUCCUCUGUACUUCAUGGACGAGAUAGACGCCGCUUUGGAUUUCAAAAAUGUAUCGAUCAUCGGCAAUUACAUCAAAGAGAGGACAAAGAACGCGCAGUUUAUAAUUAUAUCGUUGAGAUCGAAUAUGUUUGAGCUGGCCGAUUACCUUGUCGGGAUAUAUAAAACGUACAAUUGCACGAAGAGCGCUAUCGUCGAUCUGAGGAAGUACAUCGGAAACCCGGGUAUUUCUCAGUCGACGCAAAUGACUUCGAAAAAUGUUUAUCCGUCUCAGCUGCAAAAAUUCUGUAUACAAAGUCGAAACGAGGACAGGUGUGUGACACAGACUAUGGACAAUGUACAGGCAGCGGACAAGAAUCAAGAAACAAAUGAAAACACGUUGCUUCCUUUAAGCGACUUACACCUGUGUCCAACACCGACGAAGUCAUCUGUACAAAAUAAACGUUCCGAGAAGAAUAACGCGAUAGACUCGGGCGAGGAGAACAUUGAUAAACAACCUACGAGGAAAAAACGUCGAAUAUCAAACAUAGAAGCGAAUACUUAGUUUAAUAUUUAUAACGUUAUAAAUAAGCACAAUUAAUAUACGAUUAAUUUUAAGUCAUAAAAUGCAUUCAA